UCAAUUCUCCCAUUCAUCUUCCUCAAAGUUGAAUGGAAUGCAUCACUUCAACUAAUACGAUUCGAUUGCCAAACCAUCCGUUUCCAAUUCAGUUAGAAGUUUUUCGCCGUCCGAACAAUACAAACCCACUCCCAGCUCUCCCAUUCUCGGAUCCACGCGCUUCCAAAGGUGUGAAACGAUAUCUACCAACUCGUUGGUUGUUGCUGCUUUUCCCCCUCUCUUUCUCCUAGAGUUUCUGCAGACCGGAACAAAAGUGUGAAAACAAAGGAAACCUCCCGCCGCGUGGUCUGGUCAUCCGCAUCAGGAAACUUCGACUCGCCACACCCACCUACCACUGACUGGCGCUGUUGGCUAACCGGAAUCCACCCGGGGAAAACGCGCAGUGGUUUGCCACCGGGAUCAGUAGUCGGUCGAGAGAAAUUCGAGCGCGUGUGGCGGCGGCGACCGGGUGCGUCCGCUUCAUUCUUCAGUUGAUUCGCAGCGUGCCGGAUUGAGAUGUGCGUUCGGUCAUCAACUGAUCCGCGUGCCUGUGGAACAGGAUUCAUGUGAAAUCCCACCCAAUCAUAUGAAUUUAUUAAAGUGUGCGGUUAUCGUACGGGGUGCACUUUUAUCGCCGUUGGCGAUUUUUUGCUGCAUUUUUUUUUUUGUUACCUAGUGGAAUUCAAAUUAGAUCAAUUUCUGUGUGAAAAGUGUGAUGAAAUACCAACCGUGUGGUGAUCGAUAGCAGCUACAAAAAAUCAACGCACAAUUCAAACAGCAGCUCACCUAAAAGCCACACACGGGCACCGAACCAAGCGUUAGUGUUAAAUCCAGAAUGUCAUUUAUUUUGAAAUAUUGGUUUAAUAUCGAAAAUAUUUACCAAACAAUUCAACCGGCCUGUCGCUGUAUGAAAUGGUUCGGCUUUAUGCCAUUCACACUGUCCACCCUCGAAACGGACGGUAAGAGGAAAGAGCAACCAUCGACGCCCGAUGGGCAGCCUCCUGUAACCCUCAUCCGAAAAAAGUUGGAUAUCGUUCUGGUGCUCCUCUGGCAAAUCUUUAUCCUUUCCAUGUACUGCUGCCAUUGGUUUGCGAACCUGCUCAAUGCACCGAUGUCGAAAAUCAUGAUUUCCCUCACCGUACUGAUGUUCAUCCUGGUUGGGAUUCUGACGAGUGCAGUUCAGCUGCGGACGGCUCUAAGCCGAACCAAGAUUGACGAGCUUCUCCGGUUGGUCCGGUUUUCGGACGCAUUGCAGUUUUUAUUCCCUUCUUCAAAACCUCGUUGCACUUCACAGAUCGAAUCACUCGGGCGGGCAGUCAAUCAUCGGCGGCACCAUCUGGGGCUGGUUUUGUUGAUCUUGGGCACGAUAAUCGGAACCAUUUUUAUGAUGGCAGUCGAGCUGGCGCUAUCGGUGCAAUUUCACGAGCGCAUCUCCCCCAUAUGGGAGCAGUUUUACGAUGUCGGAGCGCUGGUUUACUCGUACGCACUGCGAGCUGCCCAAAUAUGCUCGCUGUCGGUGUUUCUCGGUGCAAUGUUGGCGUUCAGGGCCAGAUUUCGACUGCUGAACGAGGCAUUCCGAGAUGUUUUCCUACAGAAAGAAUGCAAUCUCGAUGAUGUUGAUGCACGCGAACAUUUACGGAAGAUUGCCGUGGGACACGAUGCUCUAACAGAAGCUGUGGACCUAUUCAGUGAUGUGUGCUGUCUGCAAAUGGUCUACGCCUGCACAACGUACGUCAUGUUUUCCAUCUUCAGCAUGUUCUGCAUUGGAGCCCUCGUCUCGUGCUCUGCAGCCGAUGUCGUCUUUCUGUCACUGAUCUACACGAGCGCCUUUCUGCAAUACUCCUUGCACAUCCUUCCAAUCAUAAAAAUAAGCACCGAUGUCAGAAACGAGGGCAAACAAAUAGCCGUGCUGGUUCAUAAGGCCAUAAAUCAAUCAUCACUUUCGGUCGGCUCAAUCAAUCGGCUUAUGCUGUUCUCCCGACAGCUUCAGCAGCAGACGCCAGCCGUUUCCAGUGGGAUGUUUUCUUUCGAUUGGACAUUGUGCUUUUCGAUCCUAUCGACGGUGGCAACAUAUACGAUGAUUAUGGUGCAAUUCGAGCUGGAGGUACCGAAGUUCUUCCUCAACGCGUUGGUGAGCGCACAUGUGAACGAGAGGACAGAGAUUAAUGGAACUCGGGUCUUUUAGACAACAAACAUCCGAAUAACUAUUUA